AUGCUUACAAAGGAAAGGACGAAGAAAUCGGCACGGGACUUGUGACGCGCGGUACGGUGCGCCCACAGCAACUGGAACACUCUUGCUGGACCAGCCCGCUCGUGACAUAAAGUUUGUUUCCUUCCGAUCGGGAUCGUCCCAUUUGCUGUGUGAUUAAGAAACAAGUACAAAAUAUUUAUGUUUAAAGCAUAGACUGGGAACUUAUUCGCCGCCAUUUUGCCCUGGCACCAGUGAACAUAGUAUUCUGCUGCACAGACAACAACCAAGCCCUAAUACUCAGUGACUCUUGUCUCAAUCCAAGUGAAGCUGAAAAAGUUACAGUGUUAUGUUGUAUUCUCUAGUGAUUGUUAAAUUUCCACCUAAAAUUAGUUGCUGGCGCCUGCUACCAACGGAUGGCCAAAUGCAGUGAAUUAAAGUUGUCCUAGUGUUCGAACACAAGCCGAUGCUGAGAAAAUCGCGCCCUUGGCAUCUGCUUCCUCCCCACUCACGGUCCCUCUCACACGUGCCGAUGACAACUCAGUGAUCCUCGCGCCUUUUUUUUUUCUUUACUAUCUGUUUUGGUUUUGUUUUGGCGCCCAUCGAUUUGUUGGUCAAUGUUUAUUCGGCUCCUUUAAGAAUGCUUCGAAGAAGUUGAUCGACAUUGACCGUAAGAGUUUAAGUGUGGUGGUCCCAUAACAAUAAUGGCUGAACAUCUCGGCAAAGACGCCAAAACAUACGCCGAAGAAUAUUCGUCCUUCUGUCGGGAGUUGAAAGCCUUCCAUGACAUUCGAGGGACAAGUUUCAACCGACUUCCACGGUUACACGGCCACGAAGUCGAUUUAUAUCUUCUCUAUUCCCUCGUUACAUCGCACGGUGGAUGGGAAAAGGUAAACAUCCAUGGUGAAUGGGAAUCCCUUCUUCCCUAUUUCGGCAUUCAUCGUUUGUGCGCCAACGGACCAAUUGCACUGAAGCAAAUUUAUAUCAGAUAUUUGGAUGUUUACGAAAGGAUACACUUCUUGGGAGAGGAGGUUGACCGGCGCGAAUCUGAACACCACGAAGAGGAUGACGCUCGUAAUCGACGUAAAGCUCUGCGACUUCUUCAUGCUACCCCGACUUCUUAUAACGCUGCACAGCACGUCAUUUCAGAUCAUGUACGGAAUACGGCUGGGUUAUCAACUGACGUCUUGCAGGUUACUCCGACUGAGCGAGUGUUUCUCUCCCUACUUUGUCCUCUGCCGAAUGAGCAAGACUUCGCCAUCAACGUUUGCAGUCUUCUCGCUAUGGAGAACCGAAGACCAUUUCCACUCCACCAGUGCCCCCGUAUAGUCGAUGCUUUACUAGCCCAUGCGGGAAUAUUUUCGCAAGUUGACAUUCGAGAUUUAUUCACGGAAAGCUACCGGAAAUAUCGGAAACAGAACCUCGGUCGUUUUUGGCGCGACGUUGUCUCUGAUGCAGACAUUGUCCAACUGUCAGAAGAAGACCUAGUGAUCCCCCAAGAAGAUGUAACCGCAGUCGUGGGCUCAUAUUGGAGUGACCGAUCUAUUCGUACAACUCCGGAUGCCAUUAAGCAGACAGAGGUUCCAUCAAGAACUCGAACACCAGAUCAUCUUCCAGUAGAAGCUGAUGAUGCAUCAAACAAAGUGCAUCUGGUUGUACGUCCUUUAGGUAGUGAGAAACCAAUAAGAUCAGUGACGUUAAAUUCCAAAGAUGACGGUCUCGAAUCAUCAUUGAUUGAACACGAUUCAACUUUGGUGGAAGAAGAGUCAACAUUAAUUGAAGAAGAGUCUCAGUGUAGUGUAGUGUUGUAUGAAAAUGGAACUGGUCCAUUGUCAGCCUCUGGAUCUGACGUAGUUUCGGCUACUAGUCCGCCGAGCGUGGAAAGAGUGCCCAGUUGCGAGCCAAACUUCAGAAAUUGUCUGGCAAAAUCAGCUAAUAUAUUUAGAAAACCGAUAUCGGAUGUCUCAGUUACCGAAUAUUUACAAACGAAGGAAAAUCCCAUUAUCCCCCAAACAUCAGAAAACCUUCCAGUUAACAGGAUUGUCCAACCCAAUAGUGAACUUUUUUCUAACGAAGAUACUGCCACAGUGCAAGGAUCUUCCGAAGAUACCGCAUUACGCACAAAAACAAUUUUGGUUAGUGAAGGUGCCGUUCCAAAUCCACCAGUCGUCGGGCCGAACAACAUCUUAGAGUUGGAUACACCUUCACAGACGGAAGCAAAUAUUGAAAAAAAAUGUGUGGCCCCUAAGAACAGAUUGCCAGUUGCUGUUCAAAAACCAGACAAUCCGCGUGCCAUCCGCUAUUGGCUUGACCGCCGCAGAGCAGCGCGUUGCCCGAUUGAAAAACCCCCAGUUGAACAGGAUGAAGCCGAGAUCCAGUUCGAAUCCGAGGAGUCGGAUUUGUUUCAUGUUGGUCGUGAACAAGGCGUGCAUGAUGCCCUUGGUCAAAGAGUUUUACAGGUUCUUAAUGUCAUUCGCAAUUUGAGUUUCGACGAUGUCAAUUCGACAGUAUUAGCUCAAAGUGAAGCCUGCAUGCGGCUUCUUCUUUUAGCUGCUCAUGCCAGGUGGUCUUGUUUACCACAGUUGGCUUUUGAUGCCCUAUCGAACGUCGCAUUAGAGGUCAAUUUAAAGGACCCUGCCGAUUGUUCGCUAUCGGCUAUUCUUUUGGGGACAGUCACACGUGGAUUGGAAUCGAGUGACCGUUUUAUUGUACUACGUUGCAUGGAAACCUUAGGGCGCUUGGCACAACGCAGCGAAAAUGAAUUGCUUUUGACGUCUUCUCUUGAUUCUCACGUUUAUGAAAAAUUGUGCUCCUAUUUAACUAUACCUGAUGUGGCAUUAUUAAUCUACACUUUGGAGUGCGUCUAUUCGUUGUCUUCCCUUGGCCAAGCCCCAUGCAAUGCCUUCCUGCACUGUCAAGGAGCGCUGGAUGUUCUGAUUUCCCUUUUGACGGUUGAGGCGCAGAGUUAUGGCUCAAAAGCCAGAAUCCUUAUGAAUGUAGUCGAAACAGUGGCUGAAGGUGAGACCGCGGCCACGCACGCGCAAAUGAAUCCAAUUCAGUGCGUGGUACGCCCGACCCAUUCUAAUAGUCCAGCACCGAGUGCCCCUUCGACUCCACCACCUAUGCUGCUGCAGCCUGUUGCUGCUUCUAUGCCCGCAUCACCCAAUUCUCUGACUAAAAUUCAGCCAAAAACGAAUGCCAAUUCUAGACCCAGUACACCAACUCAGUCAAAACCUGGAGUUGUUAAUAUCACACAAACGGAGAAAGAACAAAUUGCUAUGCAAUGGUUAAGAGCUACAUUCGAACCAGUCGUCGGAGCACCAAGUAUAGAACAAAACGUGCUGUACAGACAGUAUACAGCCGGGUGUUCUAGAAAUGGUCCGAAACAAGUUUUAGGGAUCGUCCAGUUCUUCUCCUGUGUUCGGGCAACAUUUGGCCAGAACGUUGGGCCGUUCAGGAAACAAGUCGGCAGUGCCGUUGAAUUCUAUUUUGAAGGAAUUUCGUCAAAAGGCUCUACAACUUCUGUUGCGAUUCCCACAACCAAUAUAGCCACUCGUUCUCCUACCCCGACUCCGAUGGAAGUACCCGGUUCUCCUAUACUAAAAGCACAGUUGUGCGCUCCGCCGAAAGCCACUAGCCGGAAAGAUCCGCCGAAACAGUCGUUGGCACAUCCUCAUUUAUCUCAAGCGUUAGGUCAGGGUGGUCCGUCCUCACCUGAAACGGGUCAGGUUGCGACGACUGGUAGCUCAGUACCACCAUCGUCUUCCUUGAUCAAAUCCCUCCUGGCCAAUAAGGUAUCAGACAGUAACACCCAGUCCGCCAAUCACGUGGCUUCGCUGGGCCUUUCGCCCGCAGCGACGGCAUUGCCCGGCAUGACUAGAAUACCUUGCAUGAAUUCGCUCGGUAGUCUCUCUGUUUCUUCUGCUCAGAUCGUAAGCCUUUCCCAUUCAGGCAUUACCGUUCCACAGGUUGCUCAGAGACAACAGCAGCAAAAACUUUUACAGCAACAACAGUCGGUGGUAGUGAAUGGGCCAUCGAAAGACAGUCACACGAAAGUCAAAGGUGCUCAGGUUAACGUCAGCACUCCAAAAAUGAACGGGGUGUGUCCCGAGAUGGAGCCACAUUCGGGAGGAAGCCAGCCUUCCGACGGAAAAGUGAUUGGCAAAGGAAUGUUAGCAGAUCUACUAGAACGCGAAGUGAAGAAAGAACCUGUCAACGGUGCAAGCACUGUGACCGGCAAAGAACUUCGUAUCAGUGAUAAUGGACUAGAGCUCGUUCAGAAUGACUCUCGCGGUCGUGUUGCCGUCGACAUGGGCGUCGUCGGUAUGAAUGACUUUGGGGUUGAUUUGGGAGAUGGUGCGGCCGCUCCUAAAGCAGCCCAUCUUAUCGCACAAGUGGACGAUUCUGGACACGUUCAAAUUCAUCUAGAGGAAGAAGCGGGUAGUGCUGUUUGUAACGGCCAAUCGUUGUUGGACCAGUUGGAAGCGUGUGAAGUUUCCUCGUCCACUGACGAGAUAGUGGCAAGCCAAACGACGAAAUCCGCUAUGAAGCGACCACUUGAUUCUGUGGAAUCAAAUGACAGUCCUGCCCCCAAGAAAUUAGCGACAAAUCAGAUGAACUUGAAGCUCAACGAAAACGCAGAUGUCCCUGUAGCUGAUCAGCAUUCGCUCGACAAGAAUAAAGACAAAAUUUCAAUUAACGGAGGCAUGAACGGCAUUGUGGAAUCUGCCGGUACAGUUCCUAUCACUGCUGCGCUAGCUCCUCAAAUCCACCAAAUCCCGCCGACCACUGUUUUAGGGCCGAACACACCCAGGACGUUCUUGAUCCUUCAGCAGCAAAGCCCACAACAAGCCAGGCUUGGCUUUCCACAACAAGGCCAGCGGCUGCUGUUAGCCAUCCAACGACCUGGCGGAGUGAUCCAACACGUCGCAAUGCCUGCCAACGUGGUAGCUAUAACGUCAAAUCAGUUGCAGACCAACGGAGCUGUAGUUACCCUGUCGAAUUCGGUUGGAACCAACACAGUGUCCACUGUGUUUAGAGAUUCGACAUCUAGUAGCGGUCAAACGCUACCCUCCUCUGCUGUCAGCCUCAUUGCCAAUGGUAACUGUCUGCCGGUAUCCGCGGCUAUUCUCUCCGCGUCGUCUCAGCCAGUCAGUGUGACCAACACUGUUUCCAAUGUCGUUACAACGGCUUCGAUGGAAGGCGUAGUGACUUUCUCCGGAGGAGCUGUUGCUUUCCCAGCCCGACCUACGGAGAACACAGCACGCAGUUCCAGCUUAGCAGAAAGUCAUGUCACCAUUACGCCGGUUCUUGCCUCAUCUAUCGUCAGUUCUGUUACUUCGGCCACGACAGUGACCACAUCACCUGCAGCGUCGCCGGCGACUAUUGCACAUGCCAACGUUACCACAACUCCCGGAAUAAAAAAAAGAAAUAACAGUAUUGAAGCGACAAAACCUCGUGGUAGACCCAUGAAAAGCAAAUCAACUGAUUGCCAACCGGUUUCAUCCCCCAGUCCUCAGCCGGUUGAUUCUUCCUUGCAAUAUCUUUGCGAGUGGAAAGAUUGCAUGAGGUCUUUCAAAACUCCGCACGAAGUUUAUGUUCACGCUUGUCAAGUUCAUUGCCCGGUUCAAGUAGAGGAGUUGGGGUGCCUGUGGGAACGUUGCGAUGGCCUCAAAAGACGAAGAUUCUCGAUGAUGACGCAUCUCAUGGAUCGCCAUUGCAACGAAGAGAUGCAGAAACUGUUGGCUGCAAGAAGACACCAAAUGAAUACGCAGGGUAAAACGGACAUUCCCGCACCGCAAGCCCCAACACCUCACCCCGGAUAUGCUCCUCACGCCGCACUACACGCUAUUAAGCGACACGCAGUUGAACUGAUGAACCAAAAAGAGCAGGAAGAAAAAGAAGGCCCGGUAACCAAAAGUAUUCGAUUAACAUCAGCCCUAAUUCUUCGUAACAUUGCCACCCACUCCGCAUUAGGACGAAGGAGUCUCCAUCGUUACGAGAAUCAUUUAGCUAGCGUUGCGUUGAGCAACGUUGAGUCAUCCCGAACUGUAGCGCAAAUCCUGUAUGAACUAACCCACCAAUGCAGCUAGGGAUUUCCGGCUUGGAAUUCGUAUCUCAUUGUCCUUAAUCGAUGCGAUUUUUUACUUUUUUUUUAUAACAUAAUUUUUGAUUUCAAAAAAAAAUGAUACAAGGGGGUCUGACAUAUCAUUCCCAGCUGACGUCAUCGACAGUCUAAUAUUUUUUUUUUUUUUUUUUUUUUUUAAUAUUUGCUUUUGUCUUCGUUAUGUUAGCUUUAAAGUGGUUUGCACUUAUCUUUUCCUCUUCAGCGCGGAAUUUUCUUUUAUGUCUUGUGAAUGAGUGGUCUGAGAAUCGAGUUGAUGAAUUUUCAUAUUUCAUGUAAUCGCUCUUCGUCCGAGUCACGUGUGCGACAGAAGUUGAUCCCAGAGUUUACACAACAAAUCGAUUGCGCUGCCUUUUUGUUCUGUCCUUUGAACUUGAAAAACAAGUGUGUUUUCUAUUAAAAACAAGUUACGAACGAUAA